AUGGGCCAUGUACCACCAGACGCGACACCAAGAGACGGCGGUGCAGCGUCAGCUCCGGUGCGCAUCAUGUCGGCCCUCGCAAACUACCCGGAUCUCCUGGAAACAUACGCGUCGCAAUUCCAACAGCUUGGCCUCGAACGUAACCGACCACGGGUACAAGCCAUCUCGGACUCAGUACUAAUGACGCCGCGUUACGAGGACGGUGGCGAUCGCCGUCACAAUUUCGGCCGUCCCAAGCCAACAACCGCGGUGCUCAGUCAACUGUACGACUUUGAUUUUGGCGUGUGUGGAUUGUCAAUCCUUCACUUCCGCCGCUUCAACUUAAAUGCCCAGCUCGACCACGCAGGAUUGAACGCGGUCAAUCUCAUCAAUGUUUCGGUGAAGGUGUCGCUGCCCAGUCCUCCAGUAAACCCAAGUCACGAUAGCUUGUGUGACUCACUGAGUAUUCUCAAAACGUACGCAGAGGAAUUCUUCGACGCUCCGACUCGACGCCUUAUUACAACAGCAAAAGCCUUCUCAGAAGAGCUGAACGACUACGCUCCCUGGUCACCUGAAGAAGUUAAGGCCGUCGCGUUCUGGUUCAGCAAAGUGUCGGGGGAACACCGUCGUGCUACGGAAUUCGACAUCAGUCAUGGCACGUCCACGCGCUCAGAACGGUCCCGUUGGUUCUGCAUGCAGGACUCAGAGUUGAGUGGAAUGCUAUUAAAACUAUCGAGAGGACGGGAUCAGAUCGUGAGGAACGCCAAGCGAGAACUUCACGAGCCUCCGAUGGAAUCAUCGGACCGACCUUCGUACCGAAGCAACCGUGAAAACAGCCGCCAGGUUACGCGCCAGCAUCUCCCGAUUGCAGUGACUAAGGCAGCACCUCGCCUGAACGGCAAGCAGGUUUGCCUUCGCUGCAUACCGGCAAACGGCUGUCCUUCAAAGGUAUCAGACCGCUGCACAAACGAGUUUCUGGGCCACUUCACCCCAGAUACCCUUGCACCGAUUGUACAAGGGUACGUUGUGGAGAAAUACGGCGGUCUCAGCUUCGCAAUGAGCAGUCGUGUCUGA